GCGCAGUGAGCCGUUGUCGGUCAGUACGGAAGGCUGAGGGGCCGCCGCUGGGUUGAACUGUGUCAGAAGGGGUCGCCGAGUGGGCCUUUGGCAAGGCGGGGAGGGCGGCCGGCACCAUGUCGAGGCAGGCGAAUCGUGGCACAGAGAGCAAGAAAAUGAGCUCUGAGCUCUUCACCCUGACCUAUGGGGCUCUGGUCACCCAGCUGUGCAAGGACUAUGAGAACGAUGAAGAUGUGAACAAACAGCUGGACAAAAUGGGCUAUAACAUUGGAGUUCGGCUGAUUGAAGAUUUCUUGGCACGAUCUAAUGUGGGGAGGUGCCACGACUUUCGGGAAACGGCAGAUGUCAUUGCCAAGGUGGCGUUCAAAAUGUACUUGGGCAUCACGCCAAGCAUCACCAACUGGAGUCCAGCUGGUGACGAAUUCUCCCUGAUUUUGGAAAAUAACCCCUUGGUGGACUUUGUGGAACUUCCUGAUAACCACUCAUCCCUUAUCUAUUCCAAUCUGUUGUGUGGGGUGUUGCGGGGAGCCUUGGAGAUGGUCCAGAUGGCUGUGGAGGCCAAGUUUGUCCAGGACACCCUGAAAGGAGACGGUGUGACAGAAAUCCGGAUGCGGUUCAUCAGGAGGAUUGAGGACAAUCUCCCCGCUGGAGAGGAGUGACCGUCUCCAGGACUUCAGGGCAGGCAGCAGGGGCGCCGGCUGGAGUCAGAAGCCUCAGUGCCCCCUCUGUCCUCUAGAACUGAGUGACUCUUUCUCACGGAUGUUACCUAUUCUUCUAACCUUGUUUCCGCUCUCCAGGCUAGUGAGGAGCGGACUGUGAUACAGUCCAGUUACCCCGUAAGUGUGUAUAUUCAGGAGGGAAACCCUUUGCUCCCUUUCCCUUCUAAGGGGGCGGAUAUAGUCAUCUUUGGUUGGACUAGAAAGAGCUCAACCAUUUUACAUUCCUGUUUGAAUUUUCCAAAGCAAAUCCAUUUUGACCCCAUUAAAAGGCAAGACUAGCACAUCUAUCCCUGGACCUUCAAAAUGCCAUCAGCACAUGGCUGUAGGGGACCCAGGGUCGUGGGACAGGGAGGAGAGGCGGGGAGGGGUGGGUCGCAGCUGCUAGUGGUGGUGUGGCACACUUGGGCUCGCCAGGAACGGGGGGCUAGUCGUGCUGGGAACGCGGACUUCUGGGAAGCCACCCAGGUCUCUCAUUCCUCCCUGCUGUUUGGAGGCAACAUCUCUUUUUACAGAGGGUUCAUCCUUAUUUCUUACAAAUUCUUCAAUAAAGACACAUUCUUGAGUGAAGUCCCAA